UGUAAAACGUAAGGCUUGUGAUGUCAUGACCCGUAAUAUCAAAACCAGAAAUCUGCCGCGAGAGAAUCAUGCUAACCUUCCUAAUCUUUUAUUCUUAAAAUAAAAGUGCAGUUUCUUCCAUUUUUGUGAAGCAUUGGAGUGUAACUUGUUGCGCGGAUGUGGCUGUCAUGCAGGCAAUAGGUCUCAUUGUAUUAACUAAAUAAAUAUCUAGAAAAUGGAUGAGGAAGAAGUAUUUGAAGAUACUGUAUCUGUGACAUCAGAACCGUCAAAGCGUGACAAAGAGUAUAUAAGUCUUUCACGCUUUACUGUCUACCAUAGUGCAGAAGACAUUCCAUUGGAAGAACAAGAAGAAGCUGAUGGUGAUAAGGCAGUCACUGCAGAGAAUUGUAGACUAAUGGACAAACCUGCACAGUUCAGCACCAGUGACGCAGAAGACAAGAUUCCCACAAUGUCAAUUAACGGAAGUUCAGUGGACUUCGUACUGGUGUGGGAAGAAGAAGGAAGCAAAGCAGCAUCUAGUGCUGCAGCAAAUGCCAAGAUAAAACGAGAGAUCUUUGAAAAACAUUUGGAAGAAGAAGGUCUGAUUCUGGAACAUGAAAAAGUGAAACAUUUGAAUUUUGUGAAAAUACAUGCUACUCAUGAAGUGCUGUGCCGUUAUACUGAAAUCCUGAAACUUCGUAUGCCAAUGAAAGAGUUUGAUGGUGCAUACUUAGAGGAACCUUCAUUUGACAUAAUGCAAGAAGUCAAAUCACUUGUGAAGCGUGCCUUAGAGUUUGUACGAGUGGACCCCAAAGUGUUCAAGCCAGUGGAACGAAAGUUAACUGCAGAGUUUAGUCGAGAUAAAGAAUAUUUAUUUGAUGUUGAUGCACCAAAUUUCUUCACACCUGCAGUAAGGAUCCUAGUUGUUGAUUUUAUUUUACAGCGGCAGAAAUUUUCUGAGGAUUCUGGGGAUUUAUUUUCAUUUGGAAUCAAUAGAUUGAUUACAGAAGGUGUUUACAAGGCGUCUUAUCCUCUCCAUGAUGGUGAUUUUAGAGACAGAUCAUGCAUGAGAGGUCUGUUAUUUCAUGAGUGGGCAUCUGUGCAAAAAUGGAUAAAAUUCCAGCCAGUAGAUCAUGUAAAAGAUUAUUUUGGUGUAAAAUUUGGAUUAUAUUUUGCUUGGCUUGGUUUUUAUUCUCAUAUGUUGAUACCUGCUUCAAUAGUUGGUCUUAUAUGUUUCUUCUAUGGAGUCUGUACUAUGUUUUCGAAUCGCUUAAGUCAAGACAUUUGCAAUGAAAGCUUAAACAUUACAAUGUGUCCACUAUGUGACAGAACAUGUGAAUAUUGGAACCUAGCAGAGACGUGUACAUAUGCACGCAUCACAUACUUAUUUGACAAUCCAUUUACUGUGUUCUUCGCAAUAUUUAUGUCCUUUUGGGCGACACUGUUCCUGGAACUGUGGAAACGGUACUCAGCUAGCAUAGUACAUCGCUGGGGGCUCACUGGUUUUGAUCUCCAGGCUGAGCAUCCCCGUCCAGAAUAUCUGGCACGUCUUUCUCAUGUGAAGCGCAACAAAGUGAAUGUCGUUACUGGACUGGAGGAACCCUAUGUGCCAUUCUGGAAAGUGAGAGUGCCUGCAACCAUUCUGAGCUUCUCAGUUGUUUUGCUUCUGAUUGCUUUGGCCGUUGGUGCUGUUUUUGGAGUUGUACUUUAUCGUAUGUCAGUUUUGACCUCACUGUCACUGUAUCCAAAUAAUGAUGCCACGGGGUACAUAACUAUGUUUAUACCAGCAACAGCAGCUACAAUCAACUUGAUAUGCAUUAUGACUCUUAACUGGUUCUAUGACUGGCUAGCCGUUCGCCUCACUGAAUGGGAGCUUCUUCGUACACAGACAGAAUUUGAUGACAGCCUUACAUUGAAGAUCUAUCUAUUUCAGUUUGUUAACUACUACACAUCUAUUUUCUACAUAGCAUUUCUCAAAGGAAAAUUUGUGGGUUAUCCCUCAAAAUACAACAGAAUUCUCGGUUAUAGACAAGAGGAGUGCAGUCCAGGUGGUUGUCUUAUGGAAUUGUGUAUACAGCUAGCUAUUAUAAUGGUUGGAAAGCAAGCAAUGAAUAGCAUACUGGAAAUGGUCAUACCGCUGCUACAGAAAUGGUACAACACUUUCAAACUGCUAACUGGACUUGGAAAAGAAGAUGAUGCAAAAGCUGUGAGCAGCACUCGCUGGGCUCAAGAUUAUAGGCUUUUGGACUGGGGCCCGAGAGGACUUUUCCCGGAAUAUCUGGAAAUGGUUUUACAGUAUGGAUUUGUUACAAUAUUUGUCGCGGCCUUUCCACUGGCUCCAUUCUUUGCGCUUCUCAAUAAUGUGCUUGAAAUGAGACUGGAUGCAAAGAAGUUCCUCAAAUUUUAUAGGCGUCCUGUGCCUCACAGAGUUAAAGAUAUAGGAGUAUGGUUUCGCAUACUUGAUAUAAUUGGAAGACUAGCUGUUGUGACAAAUGCAUUUAUUAUUGCAUUUUCCUCAAAUUUCAUUCCACGUUUAGUGUAUAUGUCAGUGGUCAACCCGAACCAUACAGAUGAGGGUUUCCUGAAUCAUUCACUAGCAUAUUUCAAUACAUCAGAUUUUCCAUCACACUAUGCACCCCGCCAUCCAGAAAAUGUCACAAUGUGCAGGUACUUAGAAUAUCGCAAUCCUCCUUGGGACCCUCAUCCAUAUAAGCGGCCACCCAUUUACUGGCAUGUUCUGGCAGCAAGACUGGCAUUUAUAGUUGUUUUUCAGAAUGUUGUGGGAGUUGUGAUGGCUGCAGUGGAGUGGUGUAUACCUGACAUGUCUCGGAAACUGCGGGAUGAAAUAAGACGUGAAGCAUAUUUGACAAAUGAAAUCAUCAUUAAACAGGAGGCAAUGAGAGCUCGUGCUCGCUUGAGUCAAGUCAGUUCAGGGGAAUUCUUGGAAGCUGAGAGAAAAGGAGGAUCUGGUGAAAAUGGUAUUAGACAUCGUGAAGGCCAAUGGAACAAUCUUGUUGUUUGAGUUGCAAGUUAUUUAUUAUUUUUUCUUAAUAAGGUAAAGUGCAUAAAAAUGCUGUUGUAACUUUACUGGCUUUAAGCAGUUAAUUUAUCAAAAAGAUAAGUGGCUUAUGUCAAGAGAAGCCAGCACUGUGAAUUUCAUUAUAAGUUCCUUUUUGUAUGUUUUACUCUGAGGAAGUAUAAUCACAUUCGAUUUCAUAUUUACUUCAGAUUACUAAUAGUUUUAUGUAAAUGUAUAAAACUGCUUCUAAUGUUGUAGAAUGUGAAGGUUUUCAACAAAGAUCUAUAUUCUCAUGGCUAUUUUGUAUAAAGUUGUAUUCUAAAGAACAGAGGCAGUAAACUUUUUGUGGUCACAUAUCUAUUAUUGCCAAUAUAUUUAUAUUUAUUAACAUAUUUCAGAAUUUCAUAUCUUCAUUGCAAGAAGAGGAACAGAUCUGAAAUAUAUUUUGCUACUGAAAUAGUGAAAGUUUAUGAAAAACAUGUAGCAGCUAGGUUUUUACAUGAAAAAGCAAUUUGGUAUUGCUUUUCAAGUUGUCAGUUGGUCAGUAAAGAGAUUUUAUGUUUAUGGUGGAAUUGAAUUCUGUCAUUUUUCAUAUGUAGUUGAGGCAUUGUGAAGUUAAAGCUUUCCAUAGUGUAUAUUGUAAAUGUGUGUUGUGGUACUGAAUGUUGGUACUUAAACUUAUAUUGUUGAGUAAUGGAUGAACAAUUUUAUGAUGUGUUGUUUGUAAUAUGAUUUUUAUAUUCUACCCAGUAAAUGAUAAUGAAGGGAUAGUCUAGCUUUUAUAUUUGUAUAUUUAAAUGUUACAGAUGUUUUUAGACAUUUUGUAAUUUUUUUGCUAAUCCUUUAAUUAUUGAUAUAAAUACAUCACAAUUUAUAUUAUUUAUAACAAAAAAAUAAUGUAGUGUAAAAGUUUCAGUUCAAUGAAAGUGAUUCCAAAGUUGCAUUUAUAAUGUGAUUUAUGAAAAGAAGCAGAUUCCUACUGCCAAAAUACUUUGUUGUUUUAUGUGAUGUAUGCUUCGUGCCUGCACUUUAAGCUUUCUCUGGUACCUGAAAUUAAUGUUAGUUUGAUAUGCAUUUAAUUAAAGGAAAACACAGUCUUGUCAUAGGCAUCAUAGUGCAUAUAUAUUUCAGUGAAAAUGUUAUUGUACAGAAAGUUAUACAUAAAGACACUUUUAUAUACUUUUAUUGAAAAUUAUGUUCCACUUAUUAAAAUACAGUAAUACAAUAUUUUCUGUAACUGGUAAUCUUUUUGCCAGUAUGACAACUAAUCAGAAAUUUACCAAAAGUGUUUGUAGACUGGUUGUUCUGCAUGUCAUAUAUGUAUGUUCUUCCAGGGAAUGUGUAGGGUUGCGAAUAAUUGAAUCAAUAUAUGUUAUGAACUCCACAGGAAGGUAUUAAGAUGUGCUAAGCACUGUGAAAUGGGUACCCAUAUGUAUUAUUCGGGAGCAGAAAUUUGCAUGAACUACUAAUAGAUGCAGUUUUGAAAUAAUUAAAGAAAAAAAUGUUAAGUGGAGUAGCUGCAAAGCUGCACAUGGAUGCCAAACAAUAUAAAAGAGAAAUUUUUUCCAGUCACAUUGGGGUUCAUUUUGAUCUCCUGCAAUAAUUGUCUGUAUUUCAGUAAUCUCUUAUAAAAAUCUCUUUUUGCCAUGUCCCUGUACAUUAUAAAAAAGGAGGGACAAAAUAUCUAGCUACAGAAUCAGUAACAGCUCAUCUGUUUAGCCAUUUACACCACAACUGCUUACAACAAUUCGUUUCUGGAGAUCUACUAAAGCCUGUGUACCAUGACACAUAGUAAUAUCCACUUCUUAAUGGCAUGCGAAGUCACUUUAGGAGAGGUUUGAAUAAUUUUCUUUUUUACUAUACUGGCAUUUAAAAAAUGUUACAUUCUAGCUAUUCUAGAAUUAUGAUUACUUUGUUACUUCCUUGUUUUUCUUCUUUUUAAUUACUGUGCCUCCAUCUUGCCAAAUGUAUUAACCUCUAUUUCAUCUGUGCCUUUUAGUUGCAAAUGUCAAAACGUUUUCAUGACUAAGAAAUGCUAGUUUAAAAUGUGACAUUUAAACUGCUAAGACUUUUGAAUAAAGAUCAGUAAAAAGGUUGUAAAUCCAAUCAAAAUUUAGAUUUUUGUAAUAAAAAUAUUUACCUAACAAUUUGGAGUCAAAUGCUUCAGUUGUAUGUUAUUCUGGUCUACAUGAAAAUAUUGCCAGUGUUUCCCAGGUGACCGUACACAGCAAAUGUUAUACAAAUCCUAAAAUUGAGGUGUAUUUUCUGGCCAGUAAUUAUCUUCAGGAGCGGAAAUUUAAUUAAUGCUUACAGACACACAUGUACACUACACAGACUUUUAGAACCAAUAGUUUCUUCGUUGGGUCAUAGAGAAGGAAAUGUUCAGGAUAACUAAGAGAGAGGGCAGGUUACUCAGACCCCAGAAUGAGAGGACUUCUGUUGUGAGGUUGGAGGAAAAAUAUAAAGUUCUUAAACUGAAUAGGAUGUCCAUUACAGUCUAUGAAAUACAGCAAUGUGUGUAUUACAAGCAAAAUUCAAUUGAAUACAAAGAUAGCUGAUCCAAAAAAAGUUUGAAUUAAAUUAUAUUAUUUGAUAAUGACUUUGCUGAAGACAUAAUCACACUCGGAGCUAGACCCUAUCAUCUAGUGUUUUCAAUAGAAGAAAAAAGUCAAUGAAAUUUGCUGAAACCAAUGAGAAGGAAAACAACAUUAAAAUGUUAUGUCAGAAGAGACAUACAAAAAAGUAAUGAAAGAGAGAAGCUACAAGGUUUGAACGCUUCUUUUAAAGAUAAGUGUUUCCCUCUUUCUUUUUUGUUUUCUAACUGAUUUGGUGCUGUACGUUUUAUGAUGCUACACUACUCGUCACCUGUCGUUAAAUGUUAAACAGUUGCAUGAAAAUUUCAAAAUUGUUCACAAACAAAAUUAAAUGAAGUAUCAACUGUUGUUCUGAAUUAAGAAAUUAUGUUGUUUGUGAUUCUUUCCCUCAUCAGUAAAAUCUUCCACUAAUGUGUUCAGUGCAGUGAGUGUAGUUGUGUUUUGUACCCAAUAUAUAGUUAAUGUAGUUUGUUAUAAGUGUGUUGAUUCUCCUUCCAUUUACUCUAAUAACAGUUCUGUUUGAAAUGCUGAUAGACAGUUGAGAAAACUCCCAUCAUUAGUUUCAUUAAUUGACUCAAGUGAGGGUCAGCUCUGAUUUACAUUUUGAUCAAUUCAGUCUGAAGAAUAUUAAUGAUUGAUGAUAAAUAACAAAUUUCAUUGGGAUGUGCUUGUGAUUUAUCUUCUAAUACACACACUGCAUUCUCUCAAAUUUUCCAGAGAAGUGAAUAGGCAGGCCAUCUAGAAAUGCAUAUCUGUAAUGACGGAGUUACAAUGAAGGAAAACACUGUAUUUCCAUCUACAGUCUUCUGCUGUUGACUUUCUAUUCAGAAGUAGGAUAAGACUAUAUUCAGUUGUUUCUUUGCUCGUGAUCUAUAUUUUUAUAGUAUUUCAGUGUCAUAUAUUUGUUGUCAACAAAAUAUUUAAUUGUUGUUUGAUGUGCUGAAUCCAUGAUGAUUAAAAAAAUGUUAGUGAAGUUAAUGGGCAGAUUAGUAUUCAUGUAAUCCUCUUAGUAUAGCACAGUUCCAAAUUCUAAUGUAUGCUUACUAUUAAUUGAUGCCAUACAUUAAAGUGUCUUGGCUAUGUCAAACUAGCCAAUAUACAGAUUAUUGUGUUUUAAAAGUAAUUAAAUGGAAGUGUUUAAUUCUGACUUCAUCAUCAUUCUGUUGUUGGCCUCAAUUAAAAAUCAGGUAAAUAGAUGGGCAGUUUUUAUGUCAUGUUGAAUUUGAUUGUCUGUCUAGUGUUGCAGACAAAGUAUAAUUCCAGAUUAUAAGUCGCAAAAUAUACAAAAAAUGUCAGCCUUGAAUGACCAGCUAAGAUCUAGCAAGUUUUCUCAAAUGGUAGAUAGGUUGUAUGUCACUCACCAAGUGAGAGAGAGGUUGACUUUCCUUAUUUUCAUUUAUUGUAUCACCCUGCAAAUUUUAUCAUCAUAGUUGCCAGAAGUGCAUAAAAUAUCUAACACUUUACCUAAGUUGUGUUUAUGUUGUAUGCAAUGCUAAGACACGUCCCAGAUGCUGACAGAAACUGUGCCGAGUAUGGAAAUUAAAAGUGUAGCAUAAAUAACAAUCAGAUUUUAUUAAGACAUAAAAUGCUUUGAGUAGAUAAUCUCCUCAAAGUCAGUGUAAAAUAGAGUGCAACUAUGUAAGAGCCUCUGCCACUCAUGUAAUCUGAGAAUAUCAAGUGUUACCAACAAUUUGAUCACUGGUACAUUCUUGAUAUGUGAAGAGUUUUUUUACUGAUUUAUAAUGAUGUGUGUUACACCUUUUUACAGCUUGGACAACUGUUUAUCUUGUCUUUUUAAUGUAAUAAGUUUUUUUAGUAACUGAGUCAUUAGAAGACUGUAUUCAUAUUCCUGCAACAUUCCAUUUGUUGCUUAACCCUCUCACUGCUAUCGGCGUGUAUACAUGUUCUGUAAUGCUGUUACCCAGGUGCAACAGUUAGGUUUUUCCUACAGUGCUGUGGAGGUCUGCAUGCAUCCUGAUCUGCAAACCUCUCACUGCCGCAUAAGGGCUUCUUCCAUAUUUCAGUGAUUACAGGAGUUUGAGUAUUUGUCAUACAGUCCGGCACACAGUUUUAAUCUGUCAGGAAGUUUCAUAUCAGCGCACACUCCACUGCAGAGUGAAAAUCUCAUUCUGGAAACAUAUUUGCCUCAUUGCAUGCUAUCAU